GUACAUCUGCAGGUACAUAAUGUUUUUGUACUUAUCCGUUUGUACAUAUGUACAUACAUAGCUCUGGCUUUAAUGUUACAUAUCUUUUAAACAAUAGAAUUUAAAAAUCUGACAUUUAGAAGAAUUUUAACAAAACAAACACACAUAUACUCAUACAGACAUAUAUAUUUUUUUACAAUACCUCUCUAUCUUAUGUCGUCUUGGCCAUUUAAGGAUCCGUCACGUUGGUCAAUUAUUCAAUAAGUGUACUGAGCUUCACAGCAGCAACAUGUCUUGUAUGGAAAACAGAGCACUUCGAGAGUAUUUUAACUCAGACCCGGAUGAUGAUUGGCGAUAUUGGACGUCGCCGGAAUACGCGACAUAUUUUAUUUCAAAUCAAAUAGCCUAUACAGAGGAUUAUGUGAGGAUUCGUAAUCUCUUUAUAUCUGGCUUGAGCAAUAAGAUAUCCUCUAUGGAGCUCGGCAAACAUUUUCAGCAAUUCGGCGAAGUUGAAGAUAUCCUAAUGAAACCAUGCGGCGGCAGAGCUCUAGUAUUUUUUACAAAGGCUGAGGAAGCGUGCAGGGCACUACAGAAAAUGUAUCAGUUCAUUGAACAAAUCGAGAUUAAAGUGAAACCCGCCUAUAGUUGGCUACAACCGGACACCGACGAAGCGUGUAAACGAGAACCAGACAACGCUACGCUCAAAAGUCUUUCAAAUGAAAAUUCACCGCCCGAUGAUUCGAAUAUUUUACCGAUCGCAUUGGCGAAUGAACAAAUCAACAGUAUAUUCUCCAUUAAUGUAUACUGCAUGGUUGCAAUAUUUAGACAACUGAAACCGGGUGCCCAAAUGCGUUUAGUGCGUACAAAUAAACGGUUUCUGGAGGUUUUUAAAACAUACAGUUGUUUCGAACACAAACGGUUUAAUUUGAACCAGCUAAAUGAGAUGACACUUUGGGAAAUCCGCGAUCUUUUGCAAUAUGCCGGCAAAUAUAUGGUUGAAAUGAGGGGUAGUUUGCCAUUCAAAAAUCGUACAACCAUCAUGAAUUUCAUUCGAAAAUGUUGUCCAAAACUCAAAAAAUUGCAAAUAACGAACUGCGGAUUGAAGCUUACGAGCUUUAAGAAUUUCAUAAAGUCAUUUUCGCAUUUAAGAACACUGGAUUUUACGGACGGUUGUUUGGAGGAUAAACAUAUUCAAGCUUGUCAAAAUGUCAAAAAUUUGGAUACGCUUGUAUUGGAUGGAAAUGUAUUGAUAACUGGUGCCUAUAUAAAAGAUAUUGUCACAAUAAGGGUAUUGAAACUGUAUGGUUGUAUACGUGUUGAAACACAAAACUUAAUCGAAAUUUCAAUGGCGUUAGAAAAUCUGCGCACACUUGACAUCCGUCGAAUUCAUGGACUUGAUUUAAGCUUUUACAGCGUCAUCGACUAUCAGUGCCAGCAACUUGUAGAUUUCAAAAUGACACGGUCUGCAUAUCAGUAUGACCGUGUGGCGUUAUUGCCCCGCCUCGAACACUUGGAAAUCAUAUAUCCCCUUCCCGGCGAAGAAAUAUUCGUACCUCUGAAACUGGCCAUUCAUAAGGCGCAACAAUUGAAAACCUUGAAAAUAUAUUGCAAAAGGUCGCUAACGCCAGAACAUAUUGAUAGCAUAUCCCAAUUGAAACAAUUAAGAUCACUCAGCAUUGCUUUUAACUUUAGGGUGAUUAACGACGCAGCUUUGAAGAAGUUGUGCCGACUGACCCAACUUGAGGAGUUGAUAAUCGUCAGAUCGUACGACAUAACCAAUGAUGCACUACUAAAGCUAUUGAAAUCUUGUCCAAAACUGAGUGUGCUGAAUAUUCAAUUUUGCGAGAAAAUCUCUAUGGAAUUUGUGCUACGAUCUAUUGAGAUUUUAAAGGCGAGAAGAGUCCAUUCAAAGCAACCUUUAGUAGUGUACACCUGUUACACCGCCAUUAAAGAAAGCGACUUGAAUGAGUGCGCCAAGUAUAAGGAAGCAGAGCGAAGUGGUUUGUUGAAAAUUGACACUUCGUAUUCCGAUGAACUGGAAGAUGUUUAUUCAAGUAUUCGCUAUCCCUUUGAUGGAGUUCGCAUCAAUGGCAAAUUUUUCCCCUAUACAGACAAUGAUGAAUGAGAGGCAGUGCAAGAUGAAGCCGAUUUCGGUCACGAUGUUAAUAUAAUUUGAUAUCACGAUAAUAACGCAGAAAAUUUGUAAAUCAACUAUUAAUUAAUUUAAAUUAAUUGUUGAUAUUAUUUACGU